AUGAAUUCAAGCAUGAACUUUUUGAAUCAGUGGAGUCAGGAACAUAUUGAAAAAUUGCAUCCAAUUAUUGCUGACGGCCUUCGAGGAUUUGUUGUUGCUACUCACCGGAAUUGGACAAAAUAUAUCAUUAAAACAAAUGGCAGAAACUCAAACAUUGUAAACUUUUUUGAUAAGGCUCACAUAUCAAAACUAGGAAACCCAAAGUGGUGGGUUCGAUUUGAUCGUCCUCAUGGAAACGUGAAUUUCAAUCAUAUAAACAUCAAUAAAGCUAUAACAGGAGUGACUGAUCCACACAUAAAAAUAAACCCGAUAACUGCACAAAUUUUUGGAAUACUUGGGAAGGUUGCUGAAAAAACCAAUCAAAUUGCUCCUGCUUUCGCAGCUGCUACAUUACUUUUCGAAGCUUAUCAAAUUUCCAAAGAAGUAAAGAAAGAUAUUGAUCAUAACACAACACGGAAUACGGUCGAAGUUCUGGCAACGAAAGUAGGAGAAUACUCUGCUGGAUCAGCUUCGGCAUAUGCUGGUAGUGCGAUUGGUACCGCUGUUCUUCCCGGCAUUGGGACAGUUUUCGGUGCUAUUGUGGCUGGAGUUUUUGUAACACCUUUUGUUGCACAACUUGGUGAUGUCACAGUUGAGUAUAUUCUGUCCAAAAUGAAAUGGGAUGUCGUGACGAUGGUUUGUAAUGAGUGUGGAAAAGGAUAUGACUGGAACGUGUAUCAGGAUGUCGAAGGAGUGUGCAGUUGCGUCGAGGCAAAAGCUGAAUUUGUAAAACGCUCCAAACUAUAAUUGUUGAUUUUAGCUACUUGUGUAAAUAACAAUUUUUUCAAUAAAUGGUUCUAUAAUCG